GGCGGUGGUGGUACCACAUCCUCUGACCGGUGAUAAUCCAGCUAAUAUCGACUGGAUAAACGAGCAGCUGUCAGACCGUUGUCUCAUUUUGGGCCUGUUCAGCUCGGUCACUUGAGUUUUUUCCUCCUUCUUGAAUCUUCCAGAAACUUCGGAGGUUUUAGCGGAAGAAGAUAAAGAUGAACGACAGUUUGAAGCUUGCGGAGUACGAUUUCGAGCGACGUUUCGACGAAAAAGGAGCUCUGGAAUGGAUGCAGGAGCACUGGAGCAAAGCCUUCAUGUUCUGUGGCCUGUAUGCUGUCUUCGUGUUCGGUGGUCAGCACUUCAUGAGGGAGCGGUCGAAGCUGAACCUGCGUCGUCCAUUGGUGCUGUGGUCACUCAGCCUCGCCAUCUUCAGCAUCAUUGGAGCUCUAAGGACGGGGUAUUACAUGGUCCACGUCAUCACAAACAGCGGCUUCAGACAGUCCGUGUGUGACUCUAGUUUCUACAGCGCCCCCAUCACAAAGUUCUGGGCCUACGCCUUCGUUCUCAGCAAAGCCCCUGAGCUGGGUGACACAGUGUUCAUCAUCCUGAGGAAGCAGCGCCUCAUCUUCCUGCACUGGUACCACCACAUCACCGUGCUGCUCUAUUCCUGGUACUCCUACAAAGACCAGGUGGCAGGCGGCGGCUGGUUCAUGACUAUGAACUACAUCGUCCAUUCCCUCAUGUACACGUACUACGCUGCCAAGGCGGCCGGCAUGCGGAUUCCCCGAGUCUGCGCCAUGAUCAUCACAGCCACACAGAUCAUGCAGAUGGUGAUGGGUCUGACCGUGCUGGGUCUGGUUUACCGCUGGAUGCACGAAGUUCACUGUCCGUCCCACAUGGACAACAUCACAUGGGGCUCGCUCAUGUACCUCAGCUACCUGGUCCUGUUCGCCUUGUUCUUCUACAACACGUACCUCAGAGGCUCCUCAGGGGGCAAAGGAUCCAAGGCAGAGUAGAGUCUGUGCCAUAAGUUAGGGUCCACGAACACGUCAGUCACAACUAACUAACUGGCUCCUCCUCUUUUACAACAACUUCACUUGACUUUUGAUAGAAACCUGAGGCUAAAACGACAACUAAUACCUGGAUUUAGAGCAGUAGCACGGAGGAGGCCAGUUCAAUAUGAUGUCUUAUUACAGUAAAAAGGGCAUUAUAUUUGACUAACAUAGUUCUUUAAUGAUUGCCUUUCACUCUUGACCAGAAGCAUAAAAAGCCAUGUGAGGGCCAAAAAUUUGUCAGAGGUAGAAACAAAAGUUUGUGUUUAUAAUUUAAGAAAAGUGAGUUGUUGAUGUAAACGUUAAAGCUCUGAAAUGAAAAAAGCACUUGCACAGUGUUAAAGGAAUAGUUCAACAUCAUCUUCUCUGCAGUUAGGAUGCAUCUUAGCAUGACUGGAAGUCGUAGAAACCAACUUACCAGCUUGUUUCUAAAGGGGACAAAUGAAAAAAAUGACUUACCAGAUUACUUGCAAAUAUAGUCCAUGGUAUAAAAUGGUAGUCGAAACUGAAACCUGAGGCAAAAAUUGUUUAUUUUUCAGGGAUGUCUACAUGUUUCGACUCCAAUGAGUCUUCAUCCCAACAUGUAGACAUCCUGAGUAUCUCUAAAAAGAUCGUAACGGUGAUAGCUAGCUGGUUUACCUUGCAUCAGUCAAGCUAAGCUAAGAUAAAUAAUCCACAACUGCAGGUCUUUUUUAAACCUUUGAACUACAAACUUACGUCCGGCUUAUCUCACUCUCAUAGAAGAAAAAUGUUGAACUAUUCCUUUAAAGUAGUGUCUGUUUUCGCCCUAGCACUGUGACCUACAGGAUAGUAAAAGGGAACAAAGACUUCACAAUGCACUGACUUUUAAAGGGCGUUAUUUAUCCCAAGUUUAGCUCUUACCACUAAAAUGCACAUGCUCUACACCGGACACACGUUAUUUUACACAUGAAGCACUGUGAUCAGUUUGUGUUUGUUAUGUCACACUCAACACGUCAUAGUUUACCACAGCUCGCUAACAGAGCGGAUUCUUCCUGCUUUCAGCACACAAAUACUUCAUCUGACGAUAAGAUCUGAGUGACGAACAUUCUUCAUCAGACAGAUAGCUUCUAGAGGUCGGGUUGUGUAAUGAAUACCUGGCCUUGACCUUUCUGCAUUACUGUUAAAAAAGAAAAACAUGUUUACACACCGUGCACGUUCUGCCUUUUUUAUCUCACAUGAGAACCCUCACUGGACAAAUCUCGCCCUAAAAUCAGCCUCUUUAUGCUCACUAGCAAUAUAAAAGAAGAACUGCACAGUUUAAUGUCAAAUUUGUGAAAGUGUAGAUUUAUUUAUUUUGACUUUUUAAAUCUCAGUCCAAAAGUCAAACAUUAACAAAUUCGUGCAUGCUUUACUCGUGUGUUUGGUUUACAAAAUCUAGGAGAGAAAAAAAAAUAUGGUUCAGAUGAUUGUCACAUCAGUGAGUCCUCGAGCGUCCUUAUUAUUGAUACGUGUUUAAAUCGUCAUGAGCACUUAAGGACAAAAUUUAACAGGAAAUGUUAUAAACCCAAUAAACACUGAUUAAAAGUGAGGUUUCAAUGAAUAGACUCGGAUAAAACAACUUAUAUUAGAUCAGAGUUGGCACACAAUCCAUUUAAAAAAGGGAAAUAUUAAUCUUAUUGCAAAUUAUUUCAUAAACUGUAAGAACACUUACUCACUUUAUUGCAAGUCCCUUGAGGAAGGUAUCAACACAUAUAAAUCACCUAUAUUUGAGUGUCGAUAGAUUAUAUCAACGAACCCCCCAGGGGAUCUUGAGACGCUCAGAGGGGGUCGCCAGAUGCCUACCAAAAAACCAAGAAUAUUGUUUAAAUGAUUUCAAAUUGUUUGUUUAAUCCAUCUUUUAGGGCUGUCAAAUUCUGUAGUCAAUCGUGAUUAAUUACACCCACUUUUUUACAUUUUAAAAUUCCACUAGUUUGCACUCAGAACUGUUUUUGAGUCCCUUUGGAUUUUUCUGUAGGGUAUUUGACUUCCUGUUUGGACACAGACUUGGUUUAUAGGUAGAUUGUAGAUUUGAACAUGAACUUUAUCACAGAAAAAAAGCUUGUAAUGGAUCAUUAAGGAAACAAGGGGACAGUAAAAAGGUAAAUAUUUCUUAGCACAAGAUUCACAUGACUUUUGACUUGUCCACUGGAUUUUUAAAGUGAAAUGAGACAUUAAGGAGCAGUGAUGGACUUGUUUAACAUCACUGUUGCUGCAGGGAGACGCUGCCGUGGCACAACCAAAGUGUUGAAACAGACAAUAAAGCGUGAGAUUAAUAACGGUUAAAAAAUUAGUUUAAUUGGGGGCCUUGAGUGAUCUUGACAGCCCUACUCUUUUAAAAAAAUCUGCAUAAAAUGAGAGAAAUGUAAAAUAAAAACAUGGUAAUUUGUAAGUCUGCACAUGACUAUUCUUGAAUGUGCAUGGGUGUGUUCAACCCCCUUCAGGUACGCUUGGGGCCCCCGGUCUUUGGCACCAAACUUUGGGAACCCCUGGAUUAUAUUUGGCAUCUUACCUCAAAAAUCAACUGGCACUGAAAAGACAAACAGCUUUCUCAGUCAAUAGAUGCAACUUCCUUUGCAACUUUUUGAAAGCUGCAGCAAAAUCGAGCAAUUAGAGCUGCAACAGCCAGAAAAAGCCUGCAACAUCCUGGGGUGACUGGAUUAUAAAGGGUCUGUGUGCAUGGAUGGAGCUUUUUACACAGGCAGUGUGCAUCACCUCAGUUUCAAAGCGCUCAUUCUUGCUAGGUUACAAAAGUAAGCUUGCACUUCCUUCGGCCAUGAUUAAGCUUUAUAGCUCCUUACGCUCAUUUCCCCACUUGUUUCAAUGAAAUACCACCAAGAAAACAGUGUAAAAGAGUCUAAAACAGCAGCUUUAGACCUUUUAAUUCUAUCCUAGGAAAGACAAGUCAUAUUAUUUAUUUCUCCAGUCAUUUACAGAGCUGAUAUCACAAUUGGUUUUGAUCGUCUGACAAGGCAGGAAUGAUGAGCAUUGUGGCGUAGUCAUGGAAACAGCUGAUGCUGAAUGCUAAAAAUACUGAACUGCACUCGUUUUGUGGAAUUGACAAGUAAAAGAAAUCCAAGGCGAGGAUGGGGUAUUGCCACUGAUUGCCUGAGUCAAUUUCAGUUUGUAAGUUCCCAAUUCAAUUUGAUCCAAUUCAUGUAGGGAUGUUUUAGUUAAAAUAAAAAAAAUAUAUAUAUAUAUUUUGCUUCAACAUUUAAGAGACUCUCAGAAAAGCAAAGUUGGAAAUAAUUGAAAGAAUGCUCCAACCAGGCACAUUGUUAAAAAAUAUCAAGGUUUGCAUUACAAAUUGGCCCCUCCUAGUAGUAUUUACAUAUAUUUUACCUCCAUGUGGCAAAUGUCGUGUUGCAUAUGGCCUUUCUUUCAACCAGCUUUCCUCUGUCUUUAUAGUUUUUAAAUACGAAGUAAAGUCAGAGAAGCCGCCUUGAGGAGAAGGCCUAUAUUAACAGAUCACUCUGUAGAUUAUAUGAAUCGAUAUCAUAAUUUAAAAAAAGAAUUGAUCUGAAUUGGGUAAUCCAUUUUUGGGGGGGGAUUUUAACCACUUAACGCUAUUUAAUGAAAGAUUUUGCAGUAUAGACCUUAGAUGGAAAACACAUGAUUGAACAAGGAUAUGGGAUGAAACAACAUUUCAUCGCAGAAGCCCUGAAAUUAACAUUUUAUUUUACUCUGUUGGGUGUGACAGUAUUGAAAUGUACUGUAGGUUGUUUAAUAGGGAUCUUAAGGAAUGGACACAUUAUUGUGGGUAAACCUGCUUUGUUAUCCCAAGAUAAUGAGUUAAAAUAAGUCAAGAUCUUAAGAAAACAACUGAGAUCUACUCAAAGCUCAACUUAAGGCAUCCAUAAUCAUGGACUCUGCCACAUAUUUCGUCCCAUAACAGCUUACGUUUGCCUAACCAGUUGAAAACCACUGGUCUGCAUGCCCAUACAAGUACCUAAAAUUGAUUUGAAUUGUUUAGACAGUUGUUUGGAUUUUUCAUCCUGUCAUUUCUAUGACUACACAAAUCCCAUCUCCAAAAGCACCUCAUACAUUAUUUUAGUCCAGAAAGUGCUCCUUUAUAAAGUUUUUGCUUCAUUUUUGUUCUAAAAACAGGUGCUACAACUACAACAAAUCACAGGAGUGGACGCAGGCCCUAAACCAGGGGUGUCCAUAGCUUUGCCCGCAGCAAAUUUUAGAAAUGAAAUGAAAUAAGGCCCACUUUAGAACAUAAAGCUUUUGCCUGAAUGUAUGUUCUUAGUUUCAGCACAAGGUGGCGCUAGCUUGCUAAUUUAGUGUAAAAAAAAAAAAAAAAAAAACACUUUGACAAGAAGAAUUUAUUGAUUUUUUAACUUUGUGAUUAAA